AUGGCCUUUGAUGAAAUUCUACAUCAUGUAGGUGACAGUGGAAGAUUUCAGAUUGCGAGGACUGUCCUUUACAUCAUCUUAUCUUUGCUGUCAUCCUCUCAUGACAUCAUGGAGAAUUUUACAGCCGCCAUCCCUGAUCAUCACUGCAGUGUAAACCUUCUUGACAACCCAAGAUCUGAAAUUAAUAUCACCAUGAACUUAACUACUGAAGCUCUGCUGAAGGUCUCCAUCCCAAUGGGCCCCAAUCAGAAACCUGAGCGAUGCCGACGCUUCCGGCAUACCCAGUGGCAAUUCUUAGAUUCCAAUGCAUCAGUUUUUAACAACACUAAGCUGGAGACUGAGCCAUGCCUGGAUGGAUGGACAUAUGACCACAGUGUUUUUACUUCUACCAUUGUUACUGAGUGGGAUUUAGUAUGUGAUUUCCAAUCAUUCAAAUACUAUGCACAAGCCACCACUAUGGCAGGGUAUUUGGUGGCUAGUCUUGUGUGUGGUCUUUUUUCUGACAGGUUUGGAAGGAAACCGUUGUUGGUGUGUUCUUGCUUAGCCUAUGGGAUUUUGGGGUCCUGCUGUGCCUUUGCCCCCAAUUUCUCCCUUUACUGUGUUUUGAGAUUCCUGUUGUCUGCAUCCAUGAGUAAUAUUUUAAUCAACUGUCCUAUCCUUGUUUUGGAAGAAACCUCACCAAAGUGGUACAGCAGAAUCAUAAUACUCAGUGGACUAUUCAUCAGUAUUGGCCAGGCCGGGUUUGGGGGACUAGCUUAUGUGCUUUCAGACUGGCACAUACUGCAACUUGUUCUUGCCUUGCCCUACUUCAUUUUUUUCAUUGUUUUCUGCUGGGGCCCAGAAUCAGUCCGGUGGCUAAUAAGCACUGGGAAAACAGAACAAGCAAUAAAGACACUACAGAAAAUUGUCAUCAAUGGGAAGAAAGACAUUGCAUAUAAUCUAACUACUGAGGCUUUGCAAUCUAAACUUAAGGAAGAUGGGAAAUCAACCAGCGAACAUUUCAGAACAAAGGACUUUAUUACUAAUCCUAUGAUGUGUAAAAUAGUGCUUUGUUAUUCCUGUGUAAUUUUUACAGCAACGUUCGGCACUUUUGGCAUCUUGUUGGAUAUUCAAAAUUUGGGAAACAAUAUCUUCCUGAACCAGAUUCUCAUAGGAGUGGUAGACAUACCCAUCAAAUUACUCACAUAUUUUAUAAUGAGAAGUGUUAGGCGUCGUCCUUCAAUUGCUUUUUCACUCCUUACAAUUGGGAGUUGUACUACCAUCACCGUAUUUCUACCCGAAGAGAUGCAUGUCCUACGCCUUAUUCUUUUCCUUUUGGUAAAAGGAUCUUUUGCAGUUUUCAUCUGCAUAAACAUUGCCUACACCACCGAACUCACACCAACAGUACUCAGGUCAACUGUAGGUGGUGUUUAUUACACUGCUUCCCGAAUAGGAGCAUUCGUAUCUGCACUAGUACUUGUUACUAGAAAGUAUUUUGUACACCUUCCUAUGAUUCUCUGUGGGAUCAUACCCAUAGUGGCAUCAAUCAACAUCUACUUUCUGCCAGAGACUUUCAAUCUUCCACUUUCUGACACUAUCAAGGAUUUGGAGAAAAGAUUGAUGAAUAAAAGCAUCAAUGAGAAAGAAGGGCAAGACUUCUUGGAAACUACGGGAUGCUAA